GGCGGCCCGAGGCAGGCAGGGUGCGUGCGUGACUGAGCCCUUGGGGACGCCAUCCCCUCGGCCGCCGGGGGCGGAGGCAGGGGAGGGGGGCAAAGCACCUUCCCGGUGUCCCCAGCUGCUGCCUCCACUGUCAGGCUGUGGCGGGGGAGGGGGGUCACGGGAGUGACAGCGGAGGAGGGGCUGGAUAGGUCGAGGGGCGGGGGGAGCGGCUAAGACACCAAAGUAGGAGAGGCUCCGGGGCGCGCACUCUUGCCGGCCCCCCCCCCCCCGCCCCCUCCGCCUCUGCUGCCGCCUCGCGGGUCCAAAGAUGGUCAGAGGGGCGGGAGAAGCCGCCGCAUUCGCCUCAGCGUACGCGUCUCCUUAGUUUUCAGGGCCCCUGGCUCAGCCCCCAGCCCCAGCCCCAGCCUGGACCCCAGCCCCGACCCCAGCCCCCCGGGAGGCGCGAGCGCUAUGGCACUUAAAGGGCAGGAAGAUUAUGUCUAUCUUUUCAAAGAUCCGUCUCAUCCUUUGGAUUUCUUGGAAGCAUUCAGAACAUUCUACCUGGAUGGCUUAUUUACUGAUAUUACACUUCAGUGUCCUUCAGGCGGUAUCUUCCAUUGUCAUAAGGCUGUUUUAGCUGCUUGUAGCAAUUAUUUUAAAGCAAUGUUCACAGCUGACAUGAAAGAAAAGUUUAAAAAUAAAAUAAAACUGCCUGGGAUCCACCAUGAAGUUUUAGAAGGUCUUAUAAAUUAUGCAUACACUUCACAAAUCAGAAUAACCCAAAGAAAUGUUCAAAGCCUCCUCGAAGCAGCAGACUUACUGCAAUUUUUUCCUGUAAAGAAAGCUUGUGAGCAAUUUUUAGUAAGGCACCUUGAUGUUGAUAAUUGCAUAGGAAUGCAUUCCUUUGCAGAAUUUCAUGUGUGUCCAGAAUUAGAGAAGGAAUCCAGAAGGAUGCUUUUAUCAAGGUUCAAGGAAGUAUGGCAACAAGAAGAAUUUCUUGAAAUCAGCAGUGAAAAAUUAUUCUUCAUUUUAUCCAGAAAGAAUCUAAGUGUUUGGAAAGAAGAAACUGUCAUAGAACCAGUUAUUAAAUGGACAGCACAUGAUGUGGAAAAGCGAAUUGAAGGCAUUUAUGAUUUACUAAGCUAUAUAGAAAUAGAUAUAGAUCAAAUGUAUUUAAAGACUGCUUUGAGUCUUCAGAGGAGACACUUGCUAACUGAAAACAAGCUAAGAGCUUUAAUAUAUAAUGCUCUAAGUCCCAUGCAUAAGGAGGUUUCCCAGAGGUCCACAGCUACUAUGUAUGUAAUUGGAGGCUAUUAUUGGCAUCCUUUAUCAGAGGUUCACAUUUGGGAUCCUUUAAUAAAUGUUUGGAUUCAGGGAGCAGAAAUACCAGAUUAUACCAGAGAAAGCUAUGGUGUUACGAGUUUGGGACCCAACAUUUAUGUUACAGGUGGUUACAGGACAGAUAACAUAGAAGCCCUUGACACUGUCUGGAUCUAUAAUAGUGAAACUGAUGAAUGGACUGAAGGCUCCCCAAUGCUUAAUGCAAGAUACUAUCACUGUGCAGUUACCUUAAGUGGUUGUGUCUAUGCCUUGGGGGGUUAUAGAAAAGGAGCUCCAGCAGAAGAAGCAGAGUUCUAUGAUCCUUUAAAAAAGAAAUGGAUUCCUAUUGCAAAUAUGAUUAAAGGUGUGGGAAAUGCUACUGCCUGUGUCUUACGGGAAAUCAUCUAUGUCAUUGGAGGCCACUGUGGUUACAGGGGAAGCUGCACUUAUGAUAAAGUCCAGAGUUACAACUCAGACAUCAAUGAAUGGAGUCUAGUCACCUCUAGCCCACAUCCAGAAUAUGGAUUGUGUUCAAUUCCAUUAGAAAAUAAGCUAUAUCUUGUUGGUGGACAAACCACAAUCGCAGAAUGCUAUGACCCUGAACAAAAUGAAUGGACAGAGAUAGCUCCUAUGAUGGAAAGGAGAAUGGAGUGUGGUGCUGUCAUCAUGAAUGGAUGUAUCUAUGUAACUGGUGGAUAUUCCUACUCAAAAGGAACAUAUCUUCAGAGCAUUGAGAAAUAUGAUCCUGAACUUAAUAAAUGGGAAAUAGUGGGUAAUCUUCCUAGUGCCAUGCGUUCACAUGGAUGUGUUUCUGUGUAUAAUGUAUAAUGCAAUCUAUGAAAACCACUAAGUAGUGAAAAAAAAAUCUACACCUAGCAAUGUACUAGUGGAUAAAAGAUCUUAUUUAGUAUCGAAGAAAUAUUGUUUGGACACUAGAGUUCUCUACUACACCCUGUACUUUGCAAAAGUAACAUAUUAUCUUUAAUAUUUACUUGAACAACUAUGUAAUAAUUGGUAGAAGGUUAAAGACAUUUGUUGUCAUGCAUCUCCUUAUAGCAUUGACAACAGUAGGACAUCAGAACCAUACUGUGAAAUUGAUAUUCAGUUUCUGCUCUUAGUGUCAUGGGCAGUGCAUAGUAAAGUACAAUCUAACAGAAGAUUGAAGUGGAUAGAGGAAAUCUUUUCUACCUCUACAAUUUUUCAAUAUUUUUUGAAACUUUUUUUCAGCUCAAAGUACUAUGGGAUGUAACCUAAAACUAGACACAAUCACCUUGUCCAGUUUUCUUUUUCUCAUGCAGUUUGUAUAGUCUUUUCAAGUGACUUGCUAGUUAUUAUUUUAUAUUUACUGAGUAUUAACAAUGUCAUAUAAAAUACAGACACUGCCUAAGAAUUUACAACCUAAUUCUGAUAGGGUAGCAAAACUGAAAAAUGAGAGUAUAAAAUUGCUUAAUAGGCUAUACGUUAAGUAUCAAUAGUUAUUAAUGAAUUUGAAUUUUUUGCAAAAAGGUUAUGCUUAUGGUUUCUAUGGUUUAUGCAUGUGAAAAAAAAAUACCGAUUAUCAUCCCUGAGUAGAAAUAUUUACCUUUAUAUAGAAUGUACUUUAGAGAUGAAAGGAACCCUAGUGUUUUAACCCAACCAAUUAAUUUUUUUCUUUCAGACUGAUAAUGAAAAAGACUUUUUAGGUUAUUUGUUUAAAAUUUAAACAGUAAAGUAAAAGAGACUUAAAACACUAAUUAUUUUCUGUUUUUGGAAAUAAAUAACCAUAUUCAGAUUUUAAAAAAAAUCCCUGAAAUAGGAGGGAUUGUGUCCCUCCUGAAUUAGCCCAGUCUGAAUUAGUAAACAGUAUUAGUUAAAGAAGAGCAUGGAAUGUUAGAACUCGAAGGGAUCUUAGAGAUUGUCUAGUCCAACAGAGCAGAAAACAGAAAAGAAAUAUAAUCUUAAUCCUUCAGGAACAAUGAGAAACUAUAAACUUGCCAAGUAGACCCUAUUUAAGGAUAUAUUUUUUAAAAUAGGUGUGAAUUUAUAAUUGCCUUCUCCACUUUAUCAUUAUUUAAAUUCUACCUGGAGUUCUUCACAAUCUUGUUUUAAGUCAUUCUACCUUCUCUGUAAAGCCUUUCUUGAUUAUCCCAACUCAAAGUGAAAUCAGUGCUCACUUCUUCUUUAAACUCAUGUAAGCGCUUAUUGUCUGUGAAGUUCACAAUCCUUAUAGAAUAUUAAGAUACCUUUUUAAUGUUCAAGUAUUUCAAAUUCCCAUGUUAAUUUGAUUAGUAUCCAUUGAUUGAGAAAGUAUAUAAUCACAAAAGCCUUCUGUGACUCCAUUAAUGUUUAAAAAUUCAUUUCUAUUUUAUUAAUCAUAACAGCAUCUGUAUACAUUUUAAAAUAUUGUGUAUGUUUCGUGAGACAUUUAUUUAUUCAGGUAUAUUUGCUCUUUUAUAGAUUAAUAGAGAUCUUGAAAGAAUUUCCCUUUGCUCCACAGGUUCAAUUCCACUGGUCUAGACUAGUUAUCCAGCACUAGUUUGUAGUAACAAAUCCAGUGCCAUUUUGUAUUGUUAUUUAAAGGACUAAAUGACCUCCUAAGGCCCUUUCCAUAUCUAAAUCUAUGAUUCCAUGGUCUUUUAAUGCGUUUAUCCAGUGUCCCUGACUGAUUAUAAGCAUGUUGAUGGCAGUAGCAUUGUCCUAUACCUCUAUUUGCCCAGUGCCUAUCAACUUUUUUCCUGCAAUAGUAGGUAUUAAAUAAAUGUUUGCCAGUAAUAUCAAUCAUUUGUACAUUUAAAAAGAAUGUUUGAAGAUACUUGAAGUUUGUGCUACUAAGUACUUUUUAACAGUUUGUCUUUCCUUUUAAAAUCUUAUUUAUGUUUUUAAUUUGCACUCUGAAAAGAUUAAAUAAAAGUAAAUUUCAGCUGUUUGAAUUAUUAA